AUGAAAACCGAUGUAUGUAAAUUGGAAACUCAACGACUUGUUUGUAAUAAUAAUCAAAAAAUAGUUGACGAUCUACCGAAUAAAUGUCCUUUUUAUGGUAAUUUUUUUGUUGUUAUCUUUUGCUCAUCAAAUAUUUUGUUUAUUAAUUACCAGUAG